AGGCUCUCCUCCAACCCGCGCCAUCAUCAAUCGCGCGUGUCGCAGCGGCCUGCCCUCCUGCCCAAGACCUUCAAGGACCAUACCCAUUCAUCGCGGAUCUACUGGCUAGAACAGUACAUAUACCCAAAUGGCAACUGAGGAACACAUCACACUUGUGUCGAAGCUCUUCACAGACAGUCAAUUUGACUACACAAAUGAUACUGACCACCGAGAUAUUGUUGACCACAUUUCCGUGACCAUACUGCCACAUGUGCCACAUGGCUGUCCACCACCACCAGCCCUCAUGUAUGCAAUCUGCAACAUCAUGAAGCCAAAGCUCCUACUAGGGCACAUCCCUGAGCUGCUUGAAAUCCUGGGACAUGUCAACAUAGUUCACAAGCAGUCAGUGAAGGAGGCCAAAGCCAUCCUCACAUGGAAUCAGUACUACUCCAAGAACCCAAGUCCAACUGCCUCCACCUUGUCUUCUACACUGGAGGACCAGGUGCACAGCAUGCUUGUGUAUGCAACUGAAGAACAGAAGGUUUAUAGGAGCAUUGUAAACAUGUUCUAUGAGUUGGAUAUCCAUCCUACAUUCCUCCAUGGAUCACCAGAAGUGUUUUGGUUGAAGAUGACAACAUACUUCCCUGGCCAAUUUUCUGAUGCAUCUGAAGACCCUGCCAUGAUCUCUGCAGAUGAGGUGAUGCACAUGCAUUCAUUUCAUUAUGAUCUAUCAGCAGAAGAGCAACACGACAGCCAGCACACUGGUGUCUGCUGUGCAAAGUUUGCACGAGAUGCUGCAAGACACAUGGAGGAUUCUGCUGCAUAUUGCAUCCAAAUUGGUGUUCCCAUGCAUACUACAAUUGCCACUUUAUUUCCACCUCCUGACGUACCCACUCUUGUAGACACAACAGACAGGUAUCUAGCACAUGUGCUCAAGCUAGCAUCACUGCUGGAGAGGCACUUUGGUCUUCCCUGAGGCUGGGUUACAAGGCAUUUGUAUUAUAUCCACUAGCCAAAUGCU